GUAGUAGUCCGGUUUUUCGGCCAGGUUUGGGUUUGGACGCUAAAAUGGCGCAGAGGUUUGCAACUUCGCCGGCUGCAGCGACUUCAGGGCCUCCACAACAGAGAUAUCCGCCACCUCCAGUUCCAGCACUACGACAGUAUGCUGGGCCAAGUUUUCCCUUACAGCAAAGGCCUGGUUUCAAUCCCCCACCUUCAAUUGGUUCAUCACCAGGCCCAAAUAUGAUGCAGCGGCCGCAACAGCAACCACCAUAUACACCGAUGCGACAGGGUCCAAUCAAUCCUCCAUCUACAGCUAAAAGACCAGCUGACUCUAGACCACCACCUCCACAACAGAAAAGCGAAUUUUCUCAUUCUACAAGUAAGAAAAAGAAGAAACUGGCAGAUAAGAUUUUACCACAGAAGGUACGGGACCUGGUCCCUGAAUCGCAAGCAUACAUGGAUUUGCUGGCCUUUGAACGAAAACUGGACUCCACCAUCAUGCGAAAGAGAUUGGAUAUUCAGGAGGCCCUGAAGCGGCCAAUGAAACAAAAACGCAAACUUCGAAUCUUCAUCUCCAAUACAUUUUAUCCAGCAAAGGAGCCUUCUGAGGGGGAAGAAGGAAGUGUUGCAUCAUGGGAAUUGCGUGUGGAAGGCAGGUUACUGGAGGACAGUAAAAAUGAUCCCAACAAAGUGAAGAGAAAAUUCUCAUCUUUUUUCAAGAGCCUAGUAAUUGAACUGGAUAAAGAUUUGUAUGGACCAGACAAUCAUCUUGUGGAGUGGCAUAGAACUCCAACAACACAAGAGACAGAUGGCUUUCAAGUAAAACGCCCCGGCGAUAAGAAUGUCCGGUGCACUAUCCUCCUGUUAUUGGACUAUCAGCCCCUUCAGUUCAAGCUGGAUCCUCGUUUGGCACGACUGCUUGGAGUACAUACCCAGACACGCCCUGUCAUCAUUAGUGCCCUUUGGCAGUAUAUCAAGACACAUAAACUGCAGGAUGCCCAUGAGCGUGAGUUCAUCAACUGCGACAAAUACUUGGAACAGAUCUUCACAUGUCAGAGGAUGAAGUUUGCAGAAAUCCCUCAGCGCCUAAAUCCACUGCUUCAUCCACCUGAUCCAAUUGUUAUUAACCACAUUAUCAGAAUACGAUCGACUUGCACCGAGUUCACACCGAGCACUACACAAGUUGACUUUGCAGAUGUCGAAGGUGCAGAACAGAAACAGACGGCCUGCUACGACAUUGAUGUGGAGGUCGAUGACACGUUGAAAACACAGAUGAAUAAUUUCCUGUUAUCUACUGCCAGUCAGCAGGAAAUACAGAGCUUGGAUAAUAAGAUUCAUGAAACGGUUGAAACCAUAAACCAGCUGAAGACAAAUCGAGAAUUCUUUUUGAGUUUUGCAAAGGACCCGCAGCAGUUCAUCAACAAAUGGAUUAUAUCUCAGACUCGCGAUCUUAAGACUAUGACUGAUGUGGUCGGCAAUCCUGAGGAAGAACGCAGAUCUGAUUUCUUCUAUCAGCCUUGGGCACAAGAAGCUGUGUGUCGCUAUUUCUAUACUAAAGUGCAACAAAAAAGAGCAGAGCUUGAACAAGCUCUGGGAAUUCGUAAUGCCUAAGACUGUCUCUCCGCAUUUAUCGUGGGUGGGUGAAUGUAAGAUGAAUUGAAGUAGUGUUUUCAUGGCUAUAAACAUUCAUAUUGUGGUGUGAUGUAAACUGGUGUCAUAAUCCAGCAGAUAAUACAAAUAUAAAAUAAAUUUCUCCAUUAUACUGAUAUCUUACUUUUACAAGUGUGUGGAGCUGGUACAUUUGAA